AUGUCUUCAAAACCACAACCGACGAGCUCGAGCUCCGACCUGGAUGAACGCAAGCAAAAGAGGAAGCUUUCCAAUCGGGAAUCAGCCCGUAGGUCCCGGAUGAGAAAGCAGCAGCAUUUAGACGAGCUCGUUGGCCAAGUAAGCCAGCUGCAGGAUGAAAGCAAGAAGAUGAGACAAAUGAUUGAUGGGGCAACACAGCUUUACAUCAAUUUUGCUUCCGAGAAUAAUGGGUUGAGGGCUCGAGUGUCUGAACUCACUGAUCGCCUCCACUCGUUGAAUUCUGUGAUUAAGGUUGUCUCUGAGGUGAGUGAGUUGGCAUAUGAUGUUCCACAUAUUCCUUGA